UGUCACUUCUUAAAUGAUACAGGUGUUAAAAUAAAAUGCAGAACGCUUUAAGACACUGAAGUUUGUGUCCUGUGUGGAUACAAGUCAAUCAUUUGAAAAAAAAAAAAAAAGAAACAGGUGUGAUUGCUUUUCUACCGGUCUCUGUCAGUUACAGCCAGCUUUCCCUGUCUGACUGGCAAGACUAAGCACAGCUCAGGUGGGAGCAGGGUGGGACGCACAGACACGCACGCCUGCCUCUGCGGGGCCUGACUGUGAAAUCUUUGAAAUCCUGCUGAAGUUCCAGGAGAGGGAGGCGGAGGGAUCUCACAUGCAGGCGCUGCGGUUCCAGCCAGGCUGACGCCGCCGAGGCUGUGUGGCGCUCGGCUGGAGGAGCGGAGGCUCCGGGGCUCUUCAAACCUGCGUAAAGUCCUCCACAUAACGCUACGAUAAUACAGGAAGCACUUUUUUUUUUACCUUCACAAUAAGAGCUGUAACAAUCAAUGUAGGGCUAUGAGAUCCGUGCAGUGGAAUUAUUUGGCCAUUUUUGUUCACAUUGAGCUAUUGCUAUAUCAUCACACUGCACAUUGACUGUAGAGCUUCCCCUUAAGUGCUUGUUAAGGGGAAAUAUCUUCAUAUACUAAGCUCGAUAACGUUUGUUUAGGCAAACAAUGAGACAUUGUCAUCCAGUAAGGCGUACACAUUAGCUUGUCAUUGCAGGAAACUUUAAACUGUGGCGUAAUGAAUGGCUUGAGCAUCCCUACUUCAGGUGGGAGGAUUAUCCCUUUGGCUGCAUCUUGCGAAGCAUAUUUGUAAACAACGCUUUUAUUUUGAAGCUCGGAACUGGAUGCAUUAUUCAUUAGGCUGGCUUGACACCUCAACGCCAAUACACGCUCGCAGACACAUCACACACACACACACACACACACACACACACACACACACACACACACACACACAGACACACACCUUGGCUUGAACCUCUACUCACUGGCUGCGAAGCAUCGACACGCACGAGGCUGUCUGCGAUGCACUUGUUAUCACAACAGAGGGAACCAGGGUUGGUCACAUAGAACAGAAUGUAGGCAUGCUGAUUCAUACUCCAUUUUUACCGCCAAAUUAGCAGCUAAUACCAUCUCUCUCUGCUCUUGCCAGAUGAUUGAAACUUGACCUGGAUCUGACUGUGCGAGGAACAACCUUCCCUGCUGUACACUUUGAAUACAGAGCUACCGGAUCCCAUCCGAGCCAACACAAAAGGGAGAGUUCAACUCUUCAUCCAGCCCUGCUUGGAAGUAACGCAACAACAACAAAAAACAACUCUAUUUACAAAGACUUGUUGCGCUGCUUCUUUUAUCGUCUACCUCUGCCCUGGCUUCUCAUUAUUUGCCUCCUCACUCCUGUCCUCCUGGGAACUUUUAUCCCUUUAACAUCACCCAUCAGCUCAUCUCGCCACCCAUUUAUCCAUCUCAUAAUGAACUCGUCUGCCUCCAUUACGUCCCUCUUCUCCUUCACCAGCCCGGCCGUGAAGCGUCUGCUUGGCUGGAAACAGGGAGAUGAGGAGGAGAAGUGGGCAGAAAAGGCUGUGGACUCUCUAGUAAAGAAACUAAAGAAGAAGAAAGGGGCGAUGGAGGAGCUGGAGAGAGCACUCAGCUGCCCUGGACAGCCUAGCAAGUGCGUGACAAUUCCCCGCUCUCUGGACGGCAGGCUUCAGGUGUCACACAGGAAGGGUCUGCCUCACGUCAUCUACUGCAGGGUGUGGCGCUGGCCCGACCUGCAGUCCCACCACGAGCUGAAGGCCCUGGAGUGCUGCGAGUUCCCCUUCGGCUCUAAGCAGAAGGACAUCUGUGUCAACCCGUACCACUACAGACGCGUGGAGACCCCAGUGCUGCCACCCGUUCUGGUCCCCCGCCACAGCGAGUUCAACCCUCAGCACAGUCUACUGGCAAAGUUCAGGAACGCCUCCCUGCACAGCGAGCCCCUGAUGCCCCAAAACGCCACCUAUCCAGACUCCUUCCCUCCGCUGCCCUGCCCCUCCUUCUCCUCCUCUCCUUCCUCCUCCCUCACCCAGUCUCCCACCACGCAGAGUUACCCCAACUCCCCCAACAGCUCUGCGGAGCCCAGCAGUCCCUACCACAUCACAGCUGAGACGCCCCCUCCUCCGUACAGCAUGAUGGAGACGAGCCCUAAAGAGGAUGUGAAGUCCAGCAACUCCACAGAGACCCUCAAACUCACGUUCUCCGCCCCGCACAGAGAUUUACGGCCGGUAUGUUACGAGGAACCCGAGUACUGGUGUUCCAUAGCGUACUAUGAGCUCAACAACCGGGUGGGGGAGACUUUCCACGCGUCAUCCCGCAGCCUCUUAGUGGACGGCUUCACAGACCCGUCCAACAACAAGAACCGCUUCUGCCUCGGCCUGCUGUCCAACGUGAACCGCAACUCCACCAUCGAGCACACACGCAGGCACAUAGGCAAAGGUUUACACCUGUACUAUGUCGGCGGUGAGGUGUACGCUGAGUGCUUGAGCGACAGCAGUAUCUUCGUCCAGAGUCGUAACUGUAACUUCCAGCACGGCUUCCACGCCACCACAGUGUGCAAGAUCCCCAGCGGCUGCAGCCUCAAGAUCUUCAACAACCAGCUGUUUGCUCAGCUCCUCGCCCAGUCUGUUAACCACGGCUUUGAGGUCGUGUAUGAGCUCACCAAGAUGUGUACCAUCCGCAUGAGCUUUGUGAAGGGCUGGGGUGCUGAAUACCACCGUCAAGACGUCACCAGCACCCCCUGCUGGAUUGAGGUGCAUCUGCAUGGACCUCUGCAGUGGCUGGACAAGGUCCUCACACAGAUGGGCUCCCCACACAACCCAAUUUCUUCAGUGUCAUAACAUGAACUGUGUUUCCUGGUGCUUCACACAGGUGGCCAUGUGGUCUGUAUGUUUUGCCACAUCCAUUUUUUUCUGACCUAUGGUCCCCUUCUUUGACCCCUUCAAAUAUAUUUAAAAAAAAUGUUAUCAACUCCUUUUGAAACGUGAUAGACUGAAUGUUAUUUAGCUAAUUUAAAGCAAGUGUAGUGAAAUGAUUGUGUUCUUUAUUUUGCUCCAGAUAGACUAUGAUAAACUGUUUCUCAUUUCUGUUAUGAUUCUGCACAUUUUCUGCACUCCUUGAUAUGAAACAUUGAGAUUUAUUUGUAGGUACUCAAAGACUUGUGUUACCUUGUGUUGUGUUAUUAUGAUAUAAUGUAUUGUAUGUACAUGUGUUGACUUACUGUACAAGUUGCUUUUUACUUGUUUUAUUAAAGUUGUUUUGUCUUCUGGAA